AUGGAGCAAAGAGAAGCACAAAAAACAACACAAAUGAUUUCCAGACCAGAAGAACCAAUAUUAACAGAAUCAAACAACAGAUUCGUAAUAUUCCCAAUAGAGCACCAUGACAUAUGGGCACUCUACAAGGACGCAGUCGCAGUCUUCUGGACAGCAGAAGAAGUAGACCUGUCUAAAGACCAAGCAGACUGGGAUAACCUAAAUAAUAAUGAAAGACACUUUAUAUCCUACGUACUCGCAUUCUUUGCAGCCUCAGAUGGAAUUGUCAAUGAGAACUUAGUAGAGAGGUUUGCUUCAGAAGUGCAAAUAAGCGAAGCCAGAUGCUUCUAUGGCUUCCAAAUAAUGAUCGAGAAUAUUCAUGCAGAGAUGUACAGUCUACUCAUAGACACAUACAUAAAAGACACAGCAGAGAAGAACUUCUUGUUCCAAGCAAUUGAAAAUAUUCCUGUCAUAAAAAAGAAGGCAGACUGGGCACUAAGAUGGAUAUCUGAUAAAGAGGCUAGUUUUGCAGAUAGAUUAGUCGCAUUUGCAUGCGUAGAGGGAAUAUUCUUCUCUGGGUCAUUUGCCUCUAUAUUCUGGUUGAAGAAAAGGGGACUUAUGCCUGGAUUAACAUUCUCUAAUGAACUUAUCAGCAGGGAUGAAGGUCUGCACUGUGACUUUGCAUGCUUAUUGCACUCUCACUUGGUGAAUAAGUGCGAGAAUAUAUCUAAAAUAGUCUUGGAGGCAGUUGAGAUUGAGAAGGAAUUCUUGACAGACGCACUGCCUGUCUCUUUGAUUGGGAUAAAUGCAGAUACAAUGUGCCAGUACAUUGAGUUUGUCGCUGACAGGUUAUUGCUUGCCUUAAAUGAAGAGAAGAUUUUCAAUGCACAGAACCCCUUUGACUUCAUGGAGUUAAUUUCACUCAGAAGGAAGGCGAACUUCUUUGAGAUGCGAGUGGGUGAAUACAAGAGGGCAUCAGUUGGGGCACCACAGUCACAAGGGUUUGCCAUGAAUGAUGACUUUUAA